AUGGAGAGAAGGCGUUCCUUGCAAAGGCCCGGCCGCUCCAGGAAUCCGACUAAACCAUCGCCGGAAACGCCCGAGGAUCAGUUAGGAUUGAGCCCGGCUGAGCUGAGCUUGUUACAAGCUUGCGAGCUUGGCGACAUCCAGAGAGUGACGGCUGUGCUUAAGGAAAAUGCGAACAUCAACGUGGACUGUGUGGAUCUCAUGGGAAGGACUCCGCUACAGAUCACCGUGGAGAGGGAAGACAAGGAUUUAAUGGAAGUAUUAUUACCGCUCUCGAGCAAGCGUAACGUGGAAUUUACCCUGCUGGACGCCAUCAACGACAAGAAGGAGUCCAUUGCUUGCGCCAUCCUUCGUCACCCGGUCUACGCGUCACCGGAGUUCCAAGGAGGUGGACAGAAAGGCUUCGCGGAGACAACUAGUGUCCUCACCAAAUUCCACCCGGACACCACUCCGCUGAUCCUGGCCGCUCAAAGAAACUUGUACGAGCUGGUCAAAGUUCUGGUGAUGUCAGGGGACCGCAUAGAGCGCCCCCACCCUUACUUGUGUAAUUGUCAUGCCUGUAUUGUAAUGGCGGACCAGGAUCAGUUACGGUACGCUCAGAGGCGGCUGAAUGCUUAUAAAGGACUGUCCAGUGAGUCUUAUCUGGCGCUGGCUAAUGAAGAUCCUUUACUCGAGGCCUUUAAGCUAGGCAGAGAGAUGAAACAAAUAGCCAAGGUUGAGAAACAUUUUAAGACGGACUACGCUAUGAUAGCUGAAGCUCUGAGUGAGUUUGUUGUUAAAUUAUUAGACCGUGUAAGAGACAACCAAGAACUGGAAAUGGUACUAAACAAAGUGGACUAUGCCAAAGGAAGGACGGACGAGUUUGAGCCCGCAGCUCGUAUCAAAAUGGCCGUGAUUAACAAGGAAAAAAAGUUUUGGUUUGCUGUGCACAAGGUUUACUUAACCAACAGAGGGAAUCUUGGCCCUUGA